CCCGCCUCCCCCCACCUCCACCUCCGGGCCCGGCGGCCCAGUGGAGCCCAGGACCGCUCCCGUCUCCCGGGCUGCGGCUGUGCCCGCGAUGGCGCUGCGGGACGCGCUCCUCUGCUGCCUGUGGGUGGUCUGGCUCGGCCACCCCGGCCUGGGACUGCCCCUGGCGCCCGCCCGCCGCCCGAGUCCCGCUCCGGCGGUUGGACAGUUCUGGCAUGUGACUGACUUACACUUAGAUCCUACUUACCACAUCACAGAUGACCACACAAAAGUGUGUGCUUCGUCCAAAGGCACAAAUGCCUCCAAUCCUGGCCCUUUUGGAGAUGUUAUGUGUGAUUCUCCAUAUCACCUUAUCUUGUCAGCAUUUGAUUUUAUUAAAAAUUCGGGACAAGAAGCAUCUUUCAUGAUAUGGACAGGGGACAGCCCACCUCAUGUUCCAGUGUAUGAACUCUCAACAGACACAGUCAUAAUGGUGAUCGCUAAUAUGACAACCACUGUCCAGACUCUCUUUCCAAAUCUCCAGGUUUUCCCUGCACUGGGGAAUCAUGACUAUUGGCCACAGGAUCAACUGCCUGCAUUCACCAGCAAGGUGUACAGUGCAGUAGCAAACCUCUGGAAACCAUGGCUAGAUGAAGAAGCUAUUCAGACUUUAAAGAAAGGUGGCUUUUAUUCACAGAAAGUUUCAACUAAUCCGAACCUUAGGAUCAUCAGCUUAAACACAAACUUGUACUACGGCCCAGAUAUUGUGACCCUGAAUAGGAGUGACCCAGCAAAUCAGUUUGAAUGGCUAGAAAAUACACUGAAUAUCUCUCAGCAAAAUAAUGAGAAGGUGUACAUCAUAGCACAUAUCCCAGUGGGCUAUCUGCCCUAUUCAAUGGGCACUACAGCCAUGAGAGAAUUGUAUAAUGAGAAACUGAUAGAUAUUUUUAGAAAGUACAGCAAUGUCAUUGCAGGACAAUUUUAUGGACACACUCACAAAGACAGCAUCAUGGUUCUUUCAGAUGAAAAAGGAAGUCCAAUAAAUUCUGCGUUUGUGGCUCCUGCUGUUACCCCAGUGAAGGGCGCUUUACAGAAAGAGACCAACAACCCUGGAGUCAGACUAUUUCAGUAUGAUCCUCAUGAUUAUAAGUUAUUGGAUAUGUUGCAGUUUUACUUGAACCUGACAGAUGCUAAUCUAAAAGGAGAAUCCAACUGGCAGCUGGAGUACACCCUGACCCAGACUUAUGACAUUGAAGAUUUGCAGCCAAAAAGUUUGUAUAGCUUAGCUAAAGAAUUUGCAGCCCUAGACAGUAAGAAAUUUGUAAAAUACUAUAAUUACUACUUUGUGAGUUAUGACAGCAGUGUAACUUGCGAUGAGUUGUGUAAGUCCUUUCAAAUUUGUGCAAUUAUGAAUCUUGAUCAUAAUUCCUAUGUAGAUUGCCUCAAACAUUAUUAUCUAAAGCACAAUCUAUAGUAUUUCACAACUUGUGUUCAUAGAAAAUGUAACAGUGCUCUGUUUCUGCGAUCAGUUUGUGAGACUUGUUAUGUAAAUCUUUGUGAGUUACUGAGCGGGCAAACAGAAUUCCUUUCUUUGCUUUCCUUUUUUAUGAUGCCCAAAUGAAGAUAUUUUUAAUAUUCCAAAUCUUUGUUACAUUAAGUAUAUAUAAACUGCCCACUGGAAUGAUGUUUAGAUACACAUUUUCUGUUUUCCAGUUUAUAUGAUUAUAUCUAAUUUAUACUCUUGUGACAAUGCCGUUUUUAUAGUCAAGGAAACGACUUCUUCUGAAGUGUGAUGAAUUAUUUUUCAAAAGAUAAUUUUCAGUUUGAUUGAUUCACUCUUAUUAAAACCCCAUGUGUAAACUGAAGCUCAAACUGUUUAAAUCUCAUGUGUAAACUAAGGUUAACUCUAUUUACAUGCACUGUGUCCUGUUGGGAAAACGCGGAUUUCUCAUUCGGGUCAUCUCUGAGUCUAUGAAACAUCACCGGACACGUGGUAUCUAGCUGUCUUCACUCUGUGAGUGAAGGGGAGUGCUCUUCAGUACUACUAGCUUUUUUCUUUUUUUUAAAUCCUCACCCGAGGAUAUUUUUUCCAUUGAUUUUUUAGGGAGAAUGGAAGAGAGAGGGAAAGAAAGAAACAUCGAUGUGAGAGAAACACAUCGAUUGGUUGCCUCCUGGAUGAGCCCUGACCAGGCUUCAGGCCCAAGGAAGAGCCUGCAACCUAGGCACGUGCCCUUGACCAGAAUUGAACCCGGGACCCUUUGGUCUGCAGGCUGACGCUCUAUCCACUGAGCCAAACUGGAUAGAGCAGUACUGCUAACUUUUAAUGAGAGAAUGUCACAAGUUAUACUUACUGUAACUGCAGUGCUAGCACAAGGCCUGGGUCCUAGUCCAGUGUCUGACACUUGGUAAAUAACUGUUGAAAUGAAUUGAAAGGUGUGAAUAUUUCCCAAAGAAGUAUAUGGGGAUGCAGCAGUGGCAUUUUCUUUGUCACAGUGUUCGGAGAGAGGAUAAAAAUGAGCUUUCAUUCCAUGGGGUUGAUUUUGGGGUUCUUCCAUGGUUGUUGGCUUCUCAACAACUUCUCUCCAGCUGUUGCUUGUUUCCAGGCUCAGAGGGAGGAUUUAAGGAGAAGAGAAGAGGAUAAGGCUGAAAAAUUUAGGGGAAGAGAUGAUUGUACACCCCAGUACCCUCAGUACAUUGGUUUGCUGGAGAAUAUGUACAGUCAGGAGCUUUAAUCAAUCAAUGAGGAAAGUGAAACUCAUUAUCCUAGUGACUGGUUUGACUUCACAUAAAAAAGGACUUGUUGGUUUCAUCUUAAUUUCCAGAGGACCAAGAUGUGAAUAUUAUAAAAUUAAAAUAUUAUAUCUAAGAAACUAUCAAUAUUUGUUAGAUAAACCUUUUUUUAAAUUUUUAGGUUUAAAAAUAAAUUAGUAUGUUUUAGACAUGAGAAUACUGAAACAAAGCAACAAUUUAUUUUUAUAAAGUUGUAUCAUUUAGAAAUCAUCCUACCUGCGAUUCUAUUCAAGGUCAGUAUUGUCAAAUGACUACAUCAUGUAUUUAUAUAUUUUUAUACUUAACGGACAAAUGUUUUAAGAAAACAGGCUUGCGCCGUGUCAGGAAAAUUGCUGAAAGCCAAAGAUGGCGGGAGGUGACUCAGACAACGAGUCCUAGCACCGGAGGUGAACACACUUGGGCUUGCAGGAUGAUUGUGGAGGGAAUUUCUGCAUCUUUUGGGGACUUGGGGAGUGAACAUUUAGGGUCCUUCCCACAUUAUUCUACAAUAAAAACUUUUUAAUGCUA